AAUAUGUCAUGAAAUUUAUGAUUAAUGAUUUUAAAAGCAGUCAAGAUUGAGUAUAGAUAAAUAUAUAUCAAGAGUCAGAAAUAACCAGAGUGAGAGGAGAAAAUGAUAAAACAGACAUUCUUAGGAAUAUUUUGUUCACAUUGACAUCAAAUGUCGAAAUAAUGAUUUAUGUUCAGUAUCUGACACAAUUCCAUGUAAUGCUGUUGGUUUCUCUGUUCUUGACAACAGUAGAUGGUUCACGAAUUUAAAGAUAAAAUCAUGUUCAUGCCUCAUAAUGAGUCCGACAACCAUUCUUCAAGUUUUUAUAGCAGCGUUUUGUUUGGAACACAGCAGUGGAAAAGAAAUUGAUGUGGUAUUACUGAGGUCAUGUGGGAAUACUGCAACUUUUGAAUACAACAUCUAUGAUGCCAAAACUUUAGAGAUUUGUGAGUUUGGCUGUUGGAAUUGCUCUGCAGAGUACAAUGUAGUUGGAAACCAGCUAAGUAUAGGUAGGCAAGAAUUCCAGCACCUUGAUGCAUCAGGGGAGUUGAAAUUGGAUGGCCUUACCAUUGGUUUUCACUACACCUUGCAGCUAGUAUGUGGCGAUAUUGCAUCAGACAAGGCCCUCUUUAACACUAGUGUUGGGAAUAACACCUGUGAUGAGGGACAAGGCACCACACCGAGCCCAGUUGUUGAGUUCCAUGAGAAGACAUCUUUUUUUGGGACCCGGGACUCAGUGCUUGGCGCCGUGUUUGCAUUGCUCGGGCUCGGCAUUAUCUUCAUAACCUGCUUCUAUGUGCUGAGGAAGUAUCGGAGGCGGCAGAGGCUGGAAAGGAUUCGCAAUUACUUGGGGUCAACCGUGAUUGACCCAUUUGACAACCUUCAGAGCCAUUCCGAGCUGGAUAGUGGCAGCGAAAGAUUGAUAGAGAUUACAGAUUCUUGAUACCUGGGAUAGAAUAUCAGGGGACAUAACCUAUACUAAAACUUUUGACACUGACAAGUGUUCUUUCCCUUGGAGCAGAUGGAAUGUAAGGGCACGCUUUAUUCAAACUAAUACUGUGACCAAUGCCAUAUUAGGGUACAUUACUCAUGCUAAAGCUUGUGAUAAUUACAAGGGUCAUUUCCCUUGUGCAAGGUGGAUGGAACACCAGGGGGCAUUAUUCAUUCUGGACCUAUAAAGAUUUUUAAUUAUUUCUCUCCCUUAGAGUGGUAAAGCAAAAAAAAAAGUUUUUUACAUGAAUCACUGUGAAGGGUUACGAGAAUGAAAGAAGUUUUAGUGGAACUACAUAUGCCUGUAUGUUUUUUAGGUACAGAAGGAAAAAUUAAAAUGCUAGGGAAACACUUCCAUGUUUAAAAGUGUCUAUGUUUAAUUUGUCAGGGAAGUGGGGAACUUGUAUGAAAGGUAAUAAACAAAAAAUUUGGCAUUUGUUUUAAGCAAAAAAUGUGAAGUCCUCAGUUUUAAAAAACAGGACCUAUUAUAGUUUUACCUGCGGCGUACAGGCUGGACUUGCCAGCAGCCUUUGACCAAACAUCACCAAAUUUAGUCAGAUUGAGUAUGGGCAGAAUAUCUUGGUUGUUAACGAGCUAUGUUGUCUCAGCCACUGAAGAGUUAUGACUCUUGAAUCCGCAAAAAAUGUUUUAACAUUAUCCAUGCUCUUAAUUUUGCUUAACCUACAACUACUUAUCACCAAAUUUGGUGUCCUAAAAUUAGUUUCAGUUGUUUUGUUUUUUAUUCUUUACUAAACAAUUACUUUGAUUACAUGGAUCUGACCAAAGAAAAUACCUUUCAGAACAAGAUAUGUGAAAUCAUAAACUUGUAUUACGAUAAUUACUGUGCCAUUGGCGUAUUUUUUUUCUUUAGGUACUUUUUCACUAGAGAGAUUGCCAUAUAUCCAUUGUAGUGUGAGAGAAAGCUUAUUUGUUUAUUGGCUAAAAUCUCGUUGCUAGAUAAAAUAUAAGAUGUUGAACUUAAUGUUCAGCGUAUAUGUUACAGUAUGAUAGGUCACAAAAUUGUUUAUUCAUAAAUUCAUGGGAAAGUGGCUGAUUUUGUUUAGAAAUAUUCAAAGCAUUUCUCAAUUUUGUCUGUUCUCUAUGAAUAUUUGCAUUAAUUCAGAAUUGCACCAUACACAUGUUCUUUAAUAUUAUUAUCUUUAAUUUUAUUGUUUUUUUCAGCUUCAUGCAUUAUACACAUUUUUGAAUGUUUAUAUAUAUAAUUAUAUACUCACCUUAAGUCGUAUGUUUUAUCCAAACACCAAGCUCAACUUCCAUUUAUGAUCAUCUGUAAUUUAUGUAUUAUGUUGUUGUAUUUAAUAAAAUUUGAAUGGACAUUUAACCAUGUUGAAAAAGAAGAAAGAUAAGGUUGUUCAGUGCUCAGUGGAUGUUCUGCUUUUAUCAAUGCAAAUUCCAUCACCUUAUCGGCCAGUUUUAGAUUUUCUUGAAAUUUUAGAAUCUUGAACUUCAUAUUUCAGGACAUUCCGAUGUGAAUAAUUUAAAAUAGUUUAUGUGUGUAUGAUGUUAAAAAGUAUUGUUGCAUAAUUGACAAUGAGUUUAGUUUUAACUUCUGAAUUAUUACUUGAACUGUAAAUUGCCUUGAUGUUAAUCAAAAUAACAAAACAAAGCUGUCAGCUAAAAUUGGAAAGUCAUUUUUUUUUAUUCUAAACAACUUACAUGAAUUAAAGUAAGGAGUUUUCUACAUGUAUGUAAUAUGCAAGUAAGAGAAUUUGUUCGUAGCUGCUUCUCAAUUUAAUGUUCACUGUUUGUGAAACCAUUGUAAAAUAGUAUGUGUUGUAAGCUAUACAAUAGCUUCUUUGCCUUAUAUAAUGAUUUUGCUGAUUAUUUGUGAGUAAGAUUUUAUAUAAAUCAUUGUAUAUGUUCUUUAAAAAAAGAGCAUGUCAUCAUACCAGCUCAAUAAGACAUUAUACAUGAAUGGGAGUGCAUGAUUAUCAGUUUUCUGAAGAAGAUCACCUAAUACAACAGCAAUCUUAUCAAUACUUGUACAUGUAUAUGUUUAUUAUGAUCGCCUUUUGAAUUUGAUAUUUUUGAGUAGUUUCACUAUCUAUUUCAAAACUUGUAGCUUUAAAGAUUAGUUAGGUAAUACAUGUAUGAUUGUUGAAGGAAAAUUUAAAACUUUAGUUUGUGAAGCUUAUUUCAUGUUUAAAUGAAAUUAUUGAUGUUACGAUACCAAGUCUGUUAAUCGGGGUGAGUUUAGUUUGGUCCCCUGUAGGUAUGUGAUAGUAAUACUUACUAACAAACAGCAGUUGUAACUUAAACACUUCAGACAGAAUCAAUAAGGAAUAUCAAGUCCUGAAAUAUUUCACUGAUAACCCUAUUCCUGAAGUGUGGACUGGGUUCUUUGAACAUUUUAAUCCGUAAAUUGUCGAGUUCAUGCCACUUGUCAUCUGUGAUAGACAAGUGGAUUAUGUUUUAAAUGUGUGCGAAAAUUUGCAAAUAAUAUACAGAACGAUUGUCACUCUUUGCAAUGAAGAUUUUUUAUAUGUCAAAUGUUGUUUCCUAAUCACUUCAUUGAAGGGCAAGAACCAUUUUGAAGACAUAGCUUGACUCUACGCACACUAAAUUAAUGUAGCGGGUGUACAAUUAGGUGAAUUCUGGAUAACUGAUGCCCUUAUAUUAUUUUGGUAUAUUUUGAAAGAGAAUAAUAAGUAGAAAAAAUAUGUAAAUGUAUAUUAAAAUACUUAUUGGAAACAUGACUUUGAGGCCUUAGGAGAUUGCAAAACAGGCCAUUACACGUCAUUUGCAAAAAAGAGAACGGGAAUUCAAACUUCAAUUACUUUAUUUACAAUGUUUUAUCGGUUAAUUAUUUGACAUAUAUGUUAUCAGUAUGCAGUUCCUUUUCAAAAGAUACCAAAAUAAUACGGGGUCACAAUUCAUCGAGAUUCAACACUAAUACCAAUGUUCAAUGCAUUUACAAGCUUAGUUGUACAUCUGAUGCCUGUAAGAGGUUUAUAUAUAUUUUUGCAGCCACUGCGUUUCACUGUUAUUUUUUAAUUUCCUUUUUUUACUAAGAAAUCAUUUACAUAUUUACAAAAGAAGCACAUUUGUUCUUUGUCCAUUUGUGAUUUCCUGUUAUAUUGAAAGUUGAAUGUUUUCAUUUAUUUGGACCAGGCUUUAAAAUAAUACGCUCAAGGCAAAUGCAGCUUUUAAUUAUUGUGGUUUUCCUCGAUUAUGUCUAUAAUUUUUUAUGAAAAUGAUUGUUUUAAAAAAAAAUCAUGGUUCUUUUGACAUAAUAUAUCCAGAUUCUGUUUUUGGUUCUUAUGACAGAUACAUCCUUAUCCAGAUUCUUAAUACUCUGACUCUUACUCUUUUGUUUUGUCUGUUAUAUGAAUGUUUUAAAUUUAGUUGUACAGAUUUGUUACCUUGUUGAUGAUUUAAUAUGUAAAACUGUUUGUAGGCAUUAAAAUGAUCUGAUAUCUUGA